CUAUCAGGUUCUGAGGACCAAGGAAAUGGACUGGCUUCAGCACAUGGAAGACAGAGUUAUAGCCAAGCGGGGAGCUCCAAGAACAAUCUGAGAGGUGCUUUGUCCAGCUUCUGUUUGGCUCUCUCCUGUGGCUGCGGGUGUUUCCCAGAAAAUCGUCUUCCCUCCACCAUGUCAGACUAUGAAAAUGAUGAGGAAUGUUGGAAUAUGCUCGAGAGCUUUCGGGUGAAGCUUAUCUCCGUCAUUGACCCUUCCAGGAUCACACCAUACCUCCGACAGUGUAAGGUCAUUAACCUUGAUGACGAGGAACAAGUUCUCAAUGAUCCUAACCUGGUCAUUCGAAAAAGGAAAGUAGGUGUUCUUUUGGACAUCCUCCAAAGGACUGGUCACAAUGGGUAUGUGGCCUUCCUGGAGAGUCUAGAACUUUAUUACCCACAGCUAUAUAAGAAAGUCACUGGGAAGGAACCCACCAGGGUCUUCUCCAUGAUAAUAGAUGCUUCUGGGGAGUCAGGCCUGACACAGCUGCUCAUGAAUGAAGUCAUGAAGCUGCAGAAGAAGGUGCACGAUCUGAGCGUGAUGCUGAGUGCCAAAGAUGACUUUAUCAAGGAAAUGCGGGUGAAGGACAGCAUGCUACGUAAGCACCAGGAACGGGUGCAGAAGAUGAAGGAUGAUUGUGAGGCCUUUAGCCGGGAGCUCAAGAGGUGCAAGGAUGAGAACUAUGACUUGGCCAUGCUCUACGCCAGGCAGAGUGAGGAAAAAAACACUGCACUCAUGAGAAACCGUGACCUUCAGCUUGAGAUAGACCGACUAAAGCACAACCUGAUGAAGGCUGAGGAUGACUGCAAGGUAGAGAGGAAGCACACGAUGAAACUCAGGCAUGCUAUGGAGCAGAGGCCAAGUCAGGAGGUUAUGUGGGAGAUCCAGCAGGAGAAGGAUCUUCUUCAAGCAAAGGUCCAAGAACUGGAGAGCUCCAUGAAGGCAGGAAGGUGGGACAAGAAUAAUGCUUACAUCCAGAUUCUGGAGGAAGACUGGAGGCAGACUCUGAAGGAUCACCAGGAAAAGGAAAACAUAAUUUUCCACCUACGAAAGGAGCUGCGGCAGGCUGAGGCACUUCGGAACAAGAGCAUAGAAGAGAAGGAGAUGUUUGAGCUGCAGGGCAUGGCCCUGCGUAAGGAUUCCAAGAUGUACAAAGAACGCAUUGAAGCUAUCUUGCAGCAGAUGGAGGAAGUAGCUAUAGAAAGGGACCAGGCCAUCAUGACAAGGGAGGAGUUCCACCUGCAGCAUUCGAAUAGCCUGAAGGAGAAGGACGAGCUCCGGAAGCAGAUCCGGGAGCUGGGUGAAAAGUAUGAUGAGCUGCAGUUACGGCUGUUUAAGAAAGAGGGGCAGGUACUGUCCAUGGAGAGCAAGCUGAAGCGGCUGCAGUCGGAGACGCCCAUUCUGAGUUCAGACUUAGAUGACAGCUCGCCCAGGAAUUCUCAGGAGUUAACUCUUCCCAGGGACCUGGAGGAGGAUGCACAGCUCUCCAACAAAAAUCAUCCAGCUAAGGAGAGGCUCCUAGAACAGCCCUUCGCCACCACAAAGGAGAAGCUUUUUCUGGCCCAAAAUGGAGGUGGACUGAGCAAUGGGGAUCCACAAGAGAAGGAACGGCGCCGUAUUAAAGAAAGCUUUGAGAACUAUCGUAGGAAGUGGGCACAUAGAAAGGUUCACCGUAGAACCCGGCAGGGAGAAGUAGACUGGGAAAACACCACAGGAAGUGACAACACAGAUACGGAGGGCUCCUAAGGCUAUACUGGCCUGCUGAACCCACGGCCCUAAAUCUCCCCAGCCAGUUUACUUAACCUCUUUGACAGGCCUAAUCAAUUUGCCAUCACUCGUAUGGAUAGAAUGGAACAGGGAUGUCAAAAAUCAAAAACAUUUCAGCCUCAAAACCAUCUCUGCGUGGCUUAGAUUCAGAAGGAAGGUCAUGUAUUUUGGACUGCUGAACCCAAGGCUUUAAGAUCUGAAUUAGGAUCUUAAUUAGAUUAUUUUAGAUUGGCAUUAAAAUGAUUUCGUAGCCAUAAUGAAGGAUGGAUAUGAAGAAUUCUGAGAAAGACAAGAAGACUUACUUAAACAGUAUAGGAUAAAGAAGACAGAAGCAAAGAACAAUUACAAUAACAGUGUGAAUGAAGACAACAUUAAACAACAACAAAACUGGGGUCAAAUCCGAUGGAAAACAAUGGAACCAAAUUAUUAAAGCUGAAGGAGCCAACCAACCAUCCUUUAUGUGAACAAACAGAAAACUGCAAGAUAUAGAAAGUGAUCUGUAUUAUCAGCAUACGAAGCCUUAGAGGCCAUUUUGCUCAACUGUCUGGGGCUCAUAUACAUGUGCAGUUUGUUUGUUGGCAUGUCUGCUGUGUCAAAAUAAAACUGUAUUAAAAGGAAAUGGAUUUGUGCUAAAAAAGCAAUGAACACUAAGGGUAACUAGCAAACUGUCUUCCACGGACAGUGUUAUUAGUAAUUUUUUUAAUAAUCACAAAGCAGAUAAUUGAAAAUUUACUGCAACUUUACUGGUUUGUUUGCAAAAAGAUCUGGAUGUGCUCUACUGAUUUCUUUGCUUAUCUGAUUGUGAAUAAUGGGAAAUCAAUUGUUCAUAAUAAUAAUAAUUAGAAUUGUUAGACUGUAGAAAGUGUGCUAAAGUUUGAGCCAGGAGAAAGCUGAUUUGAAUCCUGACUCUUAAUGGUUGUGUGACACCAGUCAGUCAACUAGCGUUAAUAUUUACUAUGUGUUAGACUUGGUGCUAAGCAAUAGGGAUACAAAGGAAGGCAAAAAAAACCAGUUCCUGCCCUCAAACAGCUAACAGAAGAGACAACAUGCAAACAAAGAUGCAUAAACAAGAGAUAUACAGGCUAAACUGAGGGGUAGAGAGUAGGCACUAGAGAUUAGGGAAGUAAUCCCAGGCAAAUUAUUUUGUGUUUGAAACUGUUUCCUCAUCUGUAAAAUAGGGGUAAUAAUAUGUACACUACCUACUUCAUGGGAUACUUGGGAGGAAAAUGCUUUUUAAAUCUUAAAAUGUUAUAUACAUGUGAGUUAUGUUUUUUAAUGAA